AUGGCCGGGUUUCAGCGGGAAGCUAAAGACGGGCACGGCGUGGAAAGACAGCUGCAGACGGAACUGGACCCAGAGUUGGUCCGAGGCGUGCCCCUCACGGUUUGCUUGACCGGAUUUGGAAAGUAUUUUGUACCGCCGGAUCCGGGCAUGUUCGACGUCGACCACUCAGAGUACGAGCUGAGCAGCAAAACAGAUGCCUACGACGAAUUCUUGAGCCACGACUGGGCUACCUCGCGAUGGCUGAAGGUCUUAUCGAUGCUGAUUAUUUACAACUCUUCUGCAGCAGCAGCGUCCACGCUGUUUAUGAGCGUCCUCUGCGGGGUGCUGAAGGCGUGUGACGUGCUUCCCCAGGAGCUGUGGAUGCUUGCCGUGCCACACGCAACCUUCUGGUUGGUGUUUUUCUUCUGGCAGCGACUGCGUGCUCUGCUUCGGAAGCCUGCAACCCUAUUCCUAGACAGGAUCUGCAUCGCACAGCACGACGAGAAACUGAAGCAGAAGGGCAUUUUAGGUUUGGCGGGCUUCCUUGAUCGCUCCGCACAGCUUACGAUCUUGUGGUCGCAGCGGUAUUUCUCAAGAAUCUGGUGUACCUACGAGGUAGCCACUUUCCUCAGGGACCCUGAGAAGCAGAAGCCCAUCCUUGUUAUGCCAGUGAAGAUGGCGCUGAUUCUGUUUCUCAUCUCUGUGGCGGAGCAUGCCAUAAUGUUCUGGUAUUGGCUGGCCCAUGGCAUGUCUUCCAGCAACGGGGACAGCAGCUUGUCGAAUGUGACGAUGUUCUUGUCCUUCGCACCGGUGUUGGCCCUGACUGUCCCCUUGACCUUCUACUUCGGCUUGGGUCUGAUGGAGGAUCUUCAAGAGUUGCCAAACCAGCUGUCCAACUUCAGCGUAAAGCGUGCCCAGUGCUUCUGCUGCUCCAAUGAUCACAGGCAUCCGCAUACUGGCGAAGCCAUUCCCUGCGAUCGGGAGUUGAUCUUCGGACAGCUCCAGAGAUGGUACGGCAACCCCCACGGGGAAGCCGAAGAGCAUCUGCACUUGUUUGACAAGCAAGUAAAGGAACGAUUUGCGCCCACUGUUCUUCGGAGCCUUGGUAGAGGAUGGCUCCCGAUCCGGUACACGAUUUGCAUGGUUUGCUCCUCUACAGUGCCAG